AAAAAUUCCCCUUUGCAUGCCCUGAACAUGAAUUUAGAGCUAUUAGAUCCAUGGGAACAGGAAUACCCUCAGGUCAUUGAAGACACAUUGGAAGAUGGAUACGUACUUAAUUGUCGCUUCAAUCGCAAGGGCACGCUCUUGGCAGCUGGCUGCCUUGAUGGCCGAUGCGUGAUAUGGGAUUUUGACACAAAAGGCGUCUCUAGGAAUCUGCAUGGCCACGUCAAACAAGUUGCUAGCAUAAGCUGGUCUCGUAAUGGAAAGUACUUGCUCUCGGCGUCAAAAGACUGGACAUGUAUAUUGUGGGAUUUGGUCACCGGCAAGAAGAAGCAGAAAAUUCGGUUUGAUACUCAACUCAUGAUGGCACAAAUGCACCCCACCGAUAAUUUGAAGUUUGUAGCUGCACUCUCCCAGGAAUCACCAGUCAUCGUGGACAUGAAUGAUGGUACGGUACGAAAAUACGAGCUGCCAACCGAAUUACCUUCGGAUGAAGAUGCCUCAGACAAAGAUAAAGACCAACAAGUAGCAGAGAAACCAAGGUCCUAUACCACAGCAAUUAGUUGGAACAAAUCUGGAGAUCGAAUAUAUGCUGGAACAUCAAAAGGAUUCUUGAAUGUCAUUGAUACUCAGACUCGAAAGUUAAUCUAUAGCGUGAGGAUCACAAAUACUUCCAUCAAAGGAUUGCAAGUCAGCCGGAAGGGAAGGGAUAUCGUUGUUAACGCUAACGAUCGUAUCAUCCGUGUUUAUACCAUUAAUGAGGAGACAGGCAUACCAAAACUACAAAACAAGUUCCAAGAUCUAGUGAAUCGAAUACAGUGGAAUCAAGUCUGCUUCAGCCCUGAUGGAGAAUUUAUUAUUGGAGGUUCGGCUCACAAGGCAGAACAUAAUAUAUAUAUUUGGGAUAAAAAUAUGGGCAAUCUGGUGAAGAUUUUAGAAGGUCCAAAAGAACCCUUAGAUGACUUGACGUGGCACCCGAUUCGUCCCGUCAUAGCGUCUGUAAGCACCUAUGGAAACAUACAUAUUUGGGCCACAAGCCGCGACGAAAACUGGAGUGCAUUUGCUCCGGAUUUUAUUGAAUUGGAGGAAAAUUUGGAUUACGAAGAGAAAGAGGAUGAAUUUGACGUUGUCCCAGAAGAAGAGGUUUCCAAGAGGAAGCAAGGAGAUGAGGAUAUCAAGGUCGAUGUCGCCACAUUUGAAGGCAUCAGCGCCUUUGUGGAUUCGGAAGAUGAUGGAGAACAAGAUGAAAUAUAUCACCUACCAACCAUCCACAACAAUGAUAGCGAUGAUGCCGUGGAUGAUUCAGGGAGAAAGAAGCGAAAACAAAAGAGAAAGCGAGAAAAGAUCUUGGCGGCAGCCACCACCAAUACGCCUCCUAUCGCUAAACCCGAGGAGGUCAAGGAAGAAUUUGUCGAAAUAGCUGAAGACAUGGCUGUUGACAAAAAGCCAAAGAUUUGGUAGAUAGAUAGAUAUUUUCCCAUUACUUUGUACAUAAAACCUUGUUCAACCAAUAUGAUA